AUGUGGGCAAUCUCUAGAUCUUCUUGCGAAGUCUAGAGAUUAAUGAAAUGGGUCGUCAAAUCGUCUCCGGCGGUUGUCACCCGGCGGAGCGAAAAAAUGGUGACUUUACGGCUCUCUGGUGGCUGUCACCCGAUGGAGAGGAGCUGGAUGGAGGUGGGGCGCGUGUCAAGGAGCUUCAUCCUCAUGUCCGCGCAGCAAGAUGAGGCUCUUCAUCGCAUUUGGUACGCUCUCAAGAGGUGGCGACUCGUCUCCCGGCGGAUCGUCCUCUUCCUGACGACGGCUUGUUCGUCGAUCAAUCGGAGAUGA